AUGUCGCCUGCUCUGACGCCUCAAGGUGAUGAGAUGCCCCUUCACCUGCACGCGGAGCUGCUUCCGAACAUUCGUCAAGUCACGCUGUAUGUAUCGCUCCCACAACUGUCGACACUGCAAAGUAAUCGGCCUCAGGUUCAGCUGUCCGAAUCAUGCAAAUCGGUCACAGUCUCAUUGUCGCCGCCAUUUGAGCAUGUCACAGAGACACUCAAGCUACCUGCACGUGUCUCCGGCGCCGUGGGGCAAAACUUGAAUCUUAGUCCAUCAACGCCUUCCGCUCCACGGAAGCCUGCAGAUUCUGGAUUUGAAUACUCGCUUCGGAUGGCUAUUGACCCCCGAGAUGAGCCAUUCAUCUCCGCUCCAGAGACAGUUUCUGAUGACCACUUCCCCUGGACGGCGGCGGACAUGUCGCCUCGCACGCGUAUCCGCUGUCGGGGGUGCAAGACCCGGUUCCUAAAGGAUGUAGGCGCAACGCAGUCCGUCCAAGCUGAGCCUUCUCUGCCCCAAUCUGGAUGGAUCUGGAAGGAUCUUCCGAGUGGGAAUUGGGCAGAAAUGAUGGACUUUUGGCACUGCCAUAAGCCUGAUCCUCACGAACAUGAUUCUAAACCUGAAGCCGACGCGGCUCUCAAACUCGAGGGUGAGACUGCGCAAGUGAAAGGGUUUGGAGCCGAUAGCCGGGUUGAAGCAAUCCCUGGGACUGUGCUCAUUGAUGUACCUUCUUUCCUGCUCUGCGAAUCUGAUUGCAUCAACUUGAAAAAGACCUCAGAAGAUGUUCCUGAGACAUCCACCUCAGCCAAAUAUUUUGCAAGAAGCUUGCAGUGUGCCAAAUGCAACGCGUUCGUCGGCAUAGAGGAUCCACCAGCAAGAGGCUGGCGGUUACUAAAAACCAACGUGUCUCUCAAUGCCAACCCCGAGGGUUCCCCAGAAGACGAGACUGCUUGGCAAAGCCAUCCUGUUCAACAAAUCGUUGCUGCACAGCUACUCGAGCUCAUCGAAAGAGAAAGUGCUCGCCGGUUCGUGGUUCAUUACGGUCACAAGGACGGGCUUUUGCUUUGGGUCUUCAAUCCGAACCUGCGGUACUCCAGUUCUGGCUCUGGUCACGUUGUUAGCGCUCAGAAUGCCAUGAAGGUGCUCCACCAGUCAAUACCGAAUGUCGAUGAGUUGCUGACGCCGGAAAUUGGGAACCCCUCGCCUCUAUCCGUGGAAGAGCUGGAGUUGCCGGCAGCGGUAUACAGAGCCUUGGAAGAGGCUCUUGACAAAAGCAAUAAGAUGCUCCCGUCAACGGCGCGAUGCUUCAAUGAAUGGAAGGUUGGAUUGCUUCAUCGCUACAGCAGGAUCUGUACCAGAUGA